AGCCUUUGAGGCUCACCACAUUUGGCACAGUACCUAUCAGCAGACAAGCACUCCGUUCCGUUCCGGACAUCCCUGCGUAGCUCGAUCCAGCCUCGUCCCUUGCUUCACGGAGUUGCAGUCGGGCCUUGCCAGACGCGAUGCCGCUCUAUGAGGAGAAGUUUAUUUGCCCCUUCUCCAUCCGCUUCUCCCAAGCUCGGAUACGGCCCACGUUCCAGGAUGGCCGAGAUGUCGAAGCCUCCAUGGAGGAAGUGGAGGCAGUCGAAUGCCCAGUUGGUCCUUUGAAGGACAGGUACGACAUGCUCCUGAGGGCGCCUUUCCCUCCGAUUGAGAUUAUCCGGUGGUGGCCAAAGCUCCGCGAGGAGGAUGGUGAAACACUCCUGGAUGAGAAUGGCAAGACCAUUCUAGGAGAGCCUUGCUGGUUCACAUUUGACAACAGAAGGCUCUACUGCCUACAGGCAGCAGCGAUGAAGAACUGGCCCUGCCGGGCUGCAGCUGUGGUGCACGUCAUGCAUGACUUGCCUGUUUCGAAGUGUGCGCCCAAGAAAUUCCGGACGACAGAUUUAGGCUGCUCCGUCCGGAUCUCCCGCCGUGACGACGUGGUCCCCAAGGCCACCUGGACGUGGAUGGAGGCCGCAGGACAAAUUGACCGGGACUCCGAGGACUACCGUCGAGCUAUGGAGAUCAUCAUGACAGAUGAGACGAAGGAACAUUGGUCCGAGCUUCUGGACGUCCCUUCAGACUUCACGGGGGAAGGUGGCGAGGACUUCCAACUCUACAGACCAAAGUGGGAGGAGGAUCGCGAGGAGUCGACAGUAAACACUAGGACUGCUCGGCGCAUCUUAAAGGCAGGCGGAUGCCGAGUGAGCAGAGGAGGCACAGAGGCGCAAGCAGCGGCUGCGGCGGUGGCGGCAGCCGCCGCCGCUGCAGCGAAGGCAUCCUCAAUGUCUUCGCGGCGGACAGGAAAGGAGAAGCCGGAGGAGGCGUCACAGGAAACAGAGGGGACGGAUGCGUGGCAAGUUGAUGCAAGCCGGUGGCUAUGGUGAUGCUGCUUCCAGUGCUGGCUACUUCGACCCCGAUACAUACGGGACCCAAGACUUCAACUCAAUGUACAUGGCCGCUUAUGGGGCGCAAGCGUCGCUAGCAUGGCAGUUCCAGCAGCAGAUGAUGGGGAUGCAGAUGCAGCAGAUGCAGUUGCUGAAGAAGCGCAAGGAGAGAGAGCGCGAGCAGCGCGAGCAGCGCGAGCAGCGCGAGCGCGAGAAGGCGCUCGAGAAGGCGCAGGCCCAGGCAGCUCAGGCGGCCCUGGCACGGGCGCAGGCCAAAGCGGCCCAGGCGGCCCAGGCGGCUCAGGCGCGGAAGAGAGAGGAGAAGGAGCCGAACGGCCGCAACGGGCUGGGUCAUGGCCUGGGCAACGGCCUAGGCAACGGCCUAGGCAACGGCCUGGGCAACGGCCUGGGCAGUGGCCUGGGCCUAGGCAGCGGCCCAGGUAGCGGCCUGGGCAGCUUGGGCAUGGGCUUGGGCCUGGGUGGGAACCCGGGUAUGGGCCUUGGAAUGGGUGCCACUCCGAGCACAAAGGCCGCAAGCACUGGGCCGGUAUCUCCGGUGAGCGCGUCCUCUGCGCCUGCACAGCCUGGCCUGGUCGAGAAAGCGCUGGAAGAUGACGACGAUGUGAACUGCAACCAGCAGUGAUGCCCUGUCCAUGAGUGGUUCAAGUGGUUCCUAUGUGGCUGGCUUGACCCACCAAAACGGCUGGAUCAGAGCAAAGCCGACAAGCUACAUGGGCAAAGCCGUGACUUCUGAAUCUUUUCUAGCUUGCAUUCGGGGAAUUGAAUCCCGGAAUCGGAGUGUGCGCUCCUGGGUGGGAACUGAGAUGAAGGUGGAAAGAAAGGCAACGACCCAGGGACUCCAUUCCGAUGGAAAGUCCCGGAGAGGCCGCAGACAGGGCUGAUCUGGCGCUUUUUGAAACUCUCUACUUGACAUGCCAAUUCGCGUUGGCCCACUGAGUCGGUGGGGUGUUUCAGAGAAGCAUGAGAUGCUUGCAGAUUGCAGAUUGCAAGUGGGCCAUAGGUGAGCUGCGCUUGUACAAUUCGAUUGCACGGACUGGCUCUGUGAAUGCGGUUGCUUCGCGCUCGGACUGAGGUCACACUUUUGAAGAGGGCCAAGCUAAAGGCUGCCCUGGACAGAGGACACACAGGUUGAACAUCAGAGAACCAAGAACACCACUGACAAAUCUGAACCCAUUGCAGUGUGAGGAUGGUGUGACAGGACUAUGUCGUGCCAUGUCGCAGAGCGACUUGGGCGAUGCUGAAGUUUUCCGGUGCUCAUUCUGCAAGCGCACCAUGCGGCCAAAGUGUCAUGUGCCACGUGGCCAUCUCAAUGCCAUCUCAAUGCACGUCAAGGCAACGGCAACUAAGGCAACCAGGCAACGAGGC